CCCGCACCCUGCCCCGGUCCAGCUCCAUGGCAGCGGGGCUGGAGAGGAACGGCAGGACCCGGGUCCAGGCUAUCUUCUCCCACACAGCCGGGGACAACAGCACCCUGCUCAGCUUCUUCGAGGGCGACGUGAUCACCCUGCUGGUCCCCGAGGCCCGGGACGGGUGGCACUACGGGGAGAACGAGAAGACCCGGAUGCGUGGCUGGUUUCCCUUCUCCUACACCUGCGUGAUCUCUGACGGGGACAGCAACUCCAUGAGGCAGCUCCGAGUACACAACCUCCACGGGAAGAGCAGCAGCACGGGGAACCUCCUGGAGAGAGAAGACAUGGCGGCCCCUGUCCCUGAUUACGGCGUCCACUCCCACAUGGCGGCACAGAGCGCCGCUGCGCUGCACGGCAGACAGCAACGCCCCUACAGUGUGGCCGUGCCAGGCUUCCCACAGCAAGGAGCUGAAGAGUACGAGCCCCGCUUCCCUACAAGUGAUGAUCCGCCCAUGGAGCCGCCUGUCGAGGCCCCAGCCAAACCGCCCCUUUCUGAUGAUGAGGAUGAAGUGGAGGAAGAGCUGCCUGAUGAAGCACACUACGUCUCCUUGGAGAAGUCCUCCACCCCCCCGGGGGAGUACUGAGCCCUGCCUCAGGUUAAACUAGCUGCAGGUACAUCAAUGGUGCCCAACUGUACCCCCUCGCCUCAGCUCUGAUUCAACAACAGAAUUAAAUAGUGCUACUUUAAAACAAAGAAAUGACUAAGACCAGCAAAUGAACGGCACAAAAAACAAAUCACAUGUACAGUUAUCUCUGUUUUAGUUGAGAGAUCAUGUGAUUAAAAGCUAGAAUGGUUAAUAUUUGAUCUUCCAGCAAGGAAAGCACUUUAAAUUCAAAUGUUCCCUGAUUGUUAUCCUCUUGAGUUGUAUUUCUGUAAAGGCACAUACUGUAUAUGGGUAAUAUAAUGGACAUCAUUGAAGUUAUUUCACUUUUUUAUUUUUGGAACAUAGUGUGUGGGGUGAUAGGAAAAUAAGUUUUCCAGCGUGGGCAACUUGGGUUCUUGGCUCAUUUGCAACGUAUCACUACCUAAACAUUGAUAACUGGCUCCUCUUGUAGACUCCAUGGAUCUGCAGUUGUUCUGUAAAGUCACGUGACAACAUCUCUGUGCUUUUUCAAAUGCAGCUUCCUCCCCUGCCUUGUCAACUGAAGGGCUUCAAUGUUUGUACGCUUCACAUCUUGGCAGGUGUUUCACCUUUGUAGCCUCUACUGUUCACACUGCCUCCUCACAGGGCUAGCAUAUCAACUGGUGUUGGUGCAGAGGUAUUGCACAUAUUAGUCUGGACCAAAGUGGAUAAUCUAAAAUGGAAGAGAUAAUCUGAAACACAUAAGAGAUUGUAUACUAGCCAGAAAUCUCCAGUAUCUGUGGAAUAAUAUUGGUCUCAUUUAUGGGAUCAAAACUGAUAAGCACACUACUCAUAGUACUGUAUAUUCAACUAUUUGUAUACUCACAGGAAAUCUAUAUUCAUUAAUAAGCACUGCAGGUGUUUGUACCUAUAAUAAUGUCCUGCCGGUUUAGUGAUUACAUGAAUAUACAAGCAGUUUGUAAGGUCUUCUUAAAGAAAUUAUUUCAUCAGGUAAAUUAAAUAAUACAAUCAAUGAGUAAUUGCGAGUCUUUUGUUAAGAUUGGUUAAGAUCACUUUGAUGUAAAGUAGAGCGACCAGGAUUACACUGAUACAGGUUGGUAUUCUAUCUUGGCCGUUCUAAGAAUAAUGUUUUAAGGGUGUGUUCAAAUGAUUAAAAAAAAACAUUUUUCACUUACCUCUGGUGGUAUCUUCUAACGUAUACAGUCUCUUAAUAAUUAGUGUCACUCCGUGGAGAUGAAUACAGUUUAAUUUGUGGUUUUCACAUUACUAAUAAAGAACUACCACAAACAGUGUCCUGUUCAAAGAAAUACAUCCAAUUGUGACUGUUGUCUUUGGAAUAACCAGAGUGACAAGCAAACCAUUUCUGUAACAGGUUGCUGUUGGAAUUUUCUAAAGAUGAAUGGCUGUGAGCACUUCAAAUUAAUUUCCCUCCAUUUUGUUGUUUUUAACUUUUUAUGUAACAGACAAUAAACUUCACAAUAUAUCUUAACAUCUGGAAAAGAGACACCAAUAAAGGGAAUCGGAAACUUUUUUUAAUGACACAAAAUAAUAAAACCGGUUUCAGUGUAGCUCUCAGUGUUACAUGAAGACUAACAGUGAAAAUAUGACUGACAUUCAAACCUGUAUCAUGUGAUUUAUUGUCAAACUUUUUCUGUUCAAUUUAAAAUCUGAGAAUAAAGAAUCAAGAGUG